UUACAGAAGCGGUUUAGGGUUGGGUGGGGAAUCGUGUGCAGUUCUCAGCUCCACACCCCCGUGUGACAACUUCGCUUAUGCUCUUACUUUUAAAUCACUAUGUUUCCUUUUGAAUAUCCGAUGUGGGACAAAGAGGCCACUAAAGUGAUUUUGUAUUGCAUUAUGAAGUGAAGGCUGUAUUUUGUUCUCUUUGACUGCCUCUGUUUUUAUCCAACCUCCAUCGAAGUGGGAGCUUACACACUGUAUAAAAGUAGAAAAAUGGAGAGGUUCGCGCUUAUCUACUUCUCCCUCCCCUUUUCACUAUUUUUAAGUAUUUUCUCUGACACCCAUCAACUGAAAGAAAAGAAUAACCCAACUAUUAUAGCACUUGUAUACUUUUCAAGACCAAGAAUCAAACCCCCAGACCAUCUGAUUCAGUACAACGCUGAAUGAUAAGCAGUGGGGUUUUGCCUCACUUGUAUUCAUAUUUGUAUACCCCAAACCUUCACAAGUUUCAAUGAAGGUUCACCAAGAAUGAGGCACCAACUGGGUUACCUUUCUUUCCUCCUUUUCUUGCUUUUUCAUUCUACAUUCCAGCAGCAAGAAGAUAGAUUGGCUUUACUUCAAUUGAGAUCGUCUUUAGGAUUGAGAGCCAGAGAGUGGCCUAUUAAGGGUACCCCUUGUUCAAAUUGGAGAGGUAUUUCUUGCAACAAUGGUAGAGUUACUGGGAUUAACAUUUCUGGUUUUAAGCGAACACGAACUGGGAAUCAAAAUCCUCAAUUCUUGGUUGAUGCCCUUCAAAAUUUGACUCUGUUGGUGUCAUUUAAUGCAUCUAAUUUUGCACUUCUGGGUUCUAUUCCUGAUUGGUUUGGCAUUGGACUUGCAUCUCUACAGGUUCUUGAUCUUAGCUUCUGUUCAAUAACUGGUGCUAUUCCUUCAACUAUUGGUAAUUUGAGAAGUUUAGCUGUUUUAUACAUAUCUAAUAAUGGUCUUAGUGGAAUGGUGCCUUCAAGUUUGAGUCAAUUGUUAAGUCUUUCAGUUCUUGAUGUUUCACACAAUGCACUUGGUGGGUCAAUUCCUGCAUCAUUUGGGUCUCUUGGGAAUCUUACUUUGCUUGAUAUGUCUUCAAAUGUUUUGUCUGGGGCUAUUCCUCCUGUAAUUGGGACUUUAUCUCAGUUGAAAUUCUUGAAUCUUUCUCGGAAUAUGUUGUAUGGGAAUCUGCCGCCUGUAAUUGGGAGAUUCAGUUUUCUUGAUAUAUCAAACAACUAUUUUCAAGGCAAAGUUCCUCAGUACUGGCAAAGCAAUGUGACCCUAAAUAGAAAUUGCCUACAAAGAUUGGAAAGUCAAAGGGAUACAAGAGAAUGUGCAUCUUUCUAUGAUGAGCGGGGCUUGAUAUUUGACAAUUUUGGAAUGCCUAAUGCUAUGGAGCUUCCAGUUCCUAUAUCUGAAAAGAAGAGUCCCAAAAAUGUGAUCAUAUCAGCUGCUGUUCUAGGGGUUGUCGGAUUUAUUGCUACUGUGAUGCUCUUUGUAGUGCUGCUGAUUUGUUGCUGCAAGAGGGGCGCGACGAAUCAAAGGGUCACUGGUGUAGGGCCUGUUCCUACUACUGCAAGUCCUCCCCCACCUCCAGGACCAUUAUUGAAAUUUUCAAGUUUAGGAGUAGCAUUUAACUACCAGCAGAUCCUUCAAACAGCCGGUCAUUUCAGUGAUGUAAAUCUUAUUAAGCAUGGACAUUCAGGUGAUAUUUUCCGUGGAAUCCUGAAAGGUGGAGUUCAUGUAGUAGUUAAAAGAAUUGAUUCCAGCUCAGUUAAAAAGGAAGCAUACUUGUUAGAAUUGGACUUCUUCAGCAAAGUUUCUCAUUCUAGAGUAGUCCCUUUUCUGGGACAUUGUUUAGAGAGUGAAAAUGAAAAGUUUCUGGUAUACAAAUAUAUGCCAAAUGGAGAUCUCUCUAGUUCUUUGUUAAGAAAAAACAAUGCAGAUGAUGAUAGUUUGCAGUCACUUGAUUGGAUAACGAGACUGAAAAUCGCUAUUGGAGUUGCUGAGGGUUUGUCUUAUCUGCAUCAUGAAUGUAAUCCACCUCUUGUGCACAGAGAUGUCCAAGCAAGCAGCAUACUUCUUGAUGAUAAAUUUGAAGUACGGUUAGGGAGUUUGAGUGAGGUCUGUGCACAAGAAGGAGACACCCAUCAAAACAAGAUUUCCAGGAUGUUGCGGCUGCCACAAACAUCGGAACAAGGCGCAUCAGGUACGCCUAAUGCCACUUGUGCAUACGAUGUUUAUUGUUUUGGAAAGGUUUUGCUUGAGCUGGUAACUGGCAAGUUGGGUAUCAGUUCAUCUAGUGAUGCUACCAUAAAAGAUUGGUUGGACAAAUCACUAUCUUGCAUUAGUAUGGAUGAUAAGGAACUUGUAACAAAUAUAGUAGAUCCUUUCCUAAUCGUAGAUGACGAUUUAUUAAAGGAAGUAUGGGCCAUGGCAAUUGUUGCCAGAUCUUGUCUCAAUCCCAAGCCUUCGAGGAGGCCGUUAAUGAGGUAUAUCCUCAAAGCUUUGGAAAACCCAUUGAAGGUAUUUAGGCAAGAACACGCUAUUUCCGAACGACUUAGAGCAACUUCAUCCAGAGGGUCAUGGAAUGCUACUCUAUUUGGGAGCUGGCGUCACAGCUUCUCGGAUAUAGUAGCUCCACCAGCUAAUAAGGUGGAAGGUGCAAGUAGUUUUAAGAAGUCAGCAACUAUGGGGUCUCAGGGAAUUGGUCAAGUUGCAGAAGGGGGUCCUUCUUUCUCAACUGGACGACACUCAAAGGAGAUAUUCCCCGAACCAUUGGACGUGCAGGAUGCAGAGAGAAUGCGUGAUGAAUAGAAGGUUAUCGUUCUUGAUUCUUUGGGUGCCUAGCCUGUUUGUUGGUAUCCUGUACAUUAUCCUCCCAUUCUGGAUCCUUGGGUUACUCCAGGUUACCAUGUUCAAAUUUCAAAUACAGCAUCAAUUGUGUAU